AUGUACCAUGGUAAUACCACGGAGCUGCGCUUGCCUGCGUACAAAGGCCAGUCUCCACAGCUGAGUCUUAGACGAUAUUUCGCAGACCUUAUUGCUAUAGUCAGCAACCGGUUCAAGCUGUGCCCUGCGGCCAGACACUUGGCUGUUUAUCUGCUGGACCUGUUCAUGGACCGCUAUGACAUCUCAGUACAGCAGCUACACAUGGUUGCGCUGUCCUGCUUGCUUUUAGCCAGUAAGUUUGAGGAGAGAGAAGACCGCGUUCCGAAGCUGGAGACCCUGAACAGUCUGGGCUGCAUGAGCUCUAUGAACCUGGUUCUGACCAAACAGGGUCUCCUGCACAUGGAGCUGCUGCUCCUCGAGACGUUUCAGUGGAACCUGUACCUCCCCACAGCUGCUCACUUCAUAGAGUACUACCUGCCGGUCGCCGUGAAUGAGACGGACCUACAUGACGGCUGGCCGAUGGUAUGCAUGGAGAAGACCAUGCUGUACAUGUCCAAAUAUGCUGACUACUUCUUAGAGGUCUCUUUACAAGGUGCAGAGUUUAAAAUCAAAUGA